GUGGGGUGACUUUAUAUGGAGUUGGGACCUUUGGGGGUUGGGAAAUUUGUCACUCUACUGUAACAGCUGCAAAUUGGUUGGGAACAACCAAGCUAGGUUGGCAAGGGUGGCCAACUUGGAUGGAUUGGUUGGGAAGGGACAAAUGUCAAAGUUGGGAAUUUCGGAUUUAUAUUUUGAGUAAUUCUAGCUCCUAAGUUCACCAAGACUCCGUCCUUAAUCCUAACAAGUGGUAUCAGAGCGAUAUUAAGGACAUUGAGAGGAGUCUACAGAAGUUUGAAGACCCUUCUAGACCCACCAUGGCCUGUGGGUGUGCCUAAGUGGUGUUCUGAAGGUUGGAUGUGUCUUCCGCUAAGGGGAAACUCUGCCGAAAUUUCGUGGACGCCGACACUUGUGAAAAAUAUUGAGGGAGCUGUGUGUGGACAGCAAAGGGGAGCUGAAAUUCGUCAUUUUUCAAGGAGAAGAUGAAUGAGAGAGGAGGAGAUGCUAAUGGAAGAGGAGCUGUAGCUGAGAAGACAAGUGAGCCGCCGCCAUCAAAAGUUGAAGCUUUGGAUGGCUCCAACUAUGAGGAAUGGAGCGGGCGGAUGAGGAGUGCCUUCAAACGCUACAAGCUCCUGAAGAUUGCUGUUUGGGAGGAGAAGAUGCCGGAGGAAGGCGAAGCACGCGAACGGUGGAUUGAGAAAAACGCGGUGCUUUUUGACCUCAUUCUUCAAUCGGUCAACAAGGAGAUGUUCGAGCACAUCAAGGAUCUUGUGGAAGCGGAUGAUUCGGGUCCAAGGGCGUGGAAACUACUACGUGAUGUGAUUCAGCCCAACACUCUCCCAAUGGUGAUCGUGCUCGAGAAGGAACUUGCUGCCAUCUCCAUGCGACCAGGGGACGAUGUGAAGCCGGUCCUUGACAAGAUCAAGGACACCUAUGCAAGGAUGGGAGCAGCGGGCAGCAGUGUAUCUCAGCUGCAGCAGUGCACCAAGAUCAUCUCGGUGUUGGACAACUCUUGGGACAACCUCAUCCCCACCCUCAACUCUCAGCAAGAUCAAUGGACACCUGAGUGGCUAAGGCAGCAGAUUCUGCAGGAGGACUUCCGUAGACGCCAUGUGGGAGGCGGUGCUGCCACGAAGACUGCUGAGGGGUAUGGAGCUGCAGGGCACGACAAAGGAAGAGGGGGUUGGAGAGGCCGAGGCCGUGGGAGGAGCUUUGGCAGAGGUAGAGGCCGAGGUGACUAUAAUGAGGGGCAUGGGAGCUCUGGUGGCAGGGGGAGUACCAGAAUGGAGGGCACCUGCUGGUACUGCAAGAAGGUCGGGCAUCCUUGGUUCAAGUGCUUCAGCAGGCCGGAGGGAUGGGCACCUCCAGGCAUGAAGCCGCCCAGUGGUGAACGCGCACAAGGUGGCGCUGUGCAAGGCUCAGGUGCACAAGGUGAAGGUGCACAAGGUAAUGCCUAUCCUGGUUUGUUUCUUAUGGUUGAGGAUGUGCAUGGGCAUGAGGGUGAUGUGGGAUCUGUGGGAAAGGUUGUCAUGCACCCUCUCACGCACUGGGUGAUUGAUUCGGGUUGCACCAGUCACAUGACCCCACGGGCAGAUUUGCUUGAUGAGGUAAAACCCCCUGGGAAGAUCAAGUAUGUGGCAGCAGCGUCAGGUGCUUUGCUCCCUGUCAUUGGUGUUGGAAAUGCCAAGGUUAAGGGAGCUAAUGGGGAGCUUGUGGGGCUUGGGAAUGUUCAGCUGGUUGAAGGCUUGUCUGCUAACCUUCUCUCUGUGCGACGACUGCAGAAGAGCAAGGCCGAAGUGACCUUUGGACCAACCAGCUGCCGUGCUAAGUUUGGGAAGAAGGUGCUGUGGAGUCUGGAAGAGGAGACCAGCUGCAUCAAGGACCUGUGGCAGCUGCCCAUCAUCCCAUGGAAUGGGAAGACUCCAACAGCAGCAACGGCAGCAGCGACAAAGGCAACAGCAGGAGGAGAUGCAACUGCACCAACUGAUGGAGUCCUGGAAGCAGUCAAGAAAGUGCAGCAGCAGCAGACACAUGGUGAGGUGCUUGCUGGUGUGGAUGCGAGUGCGGCAUGGGCUAAGGCUUCAUCAAGGAGUGGAGAGGCCGAUUGGGAGACAUGGCAUGAGAGGCUGUGUCAUGUGAACUUCCCUAUGCUGCAGAAGUUGGUGAAGGAUGGGAGCCUGAAGGGCUUGGAGGUGAAAGGGGGAGUGAAGGAGAUUGGGAGCUGCCCUACAUGCUUGGAGACCAAGUUCUCCAAGUUCCCCUUCAACAGCACUACAGGACCAGCCAAGACCCCACUUGCACUUGUGCACAUGGAUGUGGUGGGGCCCACAAGAGCCCCUUCCCUCUUAGGCAGCCGCUAUUUCUUGACAAUUGUAGAUGACCACACUCGGGCAGUGUGGGUUUACCCUUUGAAGAGCAAGGGGGAGGUGGCAGCGGCUGUCCUUAAGGAGUGGAUGCCUAGAGCUCAGAGGGAAUGCGGACACAAGGUGAAGGUGAUCCGUAGUGACAAUGGUGGAGAGUUCAUUGGAGCUGAUUUUGAGGGGGAGUUGAAGAGGAAGGGGAUCCAGCAUCAACUGACAGUGCCCUACAACCCACAGCAGAAUGGCGUGGCUGAGAGGUUCAACAGGACCCUGCAGGAGGGGGCACGCACUCUCCUUGGGCGUGCAGGGCUGCCUGAUCCGUUUUGGGUGUCUGCACUGAGGCAGGUCGCCCUUGUGAAGAACAGGGUGCUGGCUACAGUUGGAGAUAAGGAGUGGAUCCCAUAUGUCAAGUGGUAUGGGAGUGCUCCAGCUGUGAACAUGCUGAGGGCAUUUGGGUGCAUGGUGGUGUUUCAUGUGCCUAAGGAGAAAAGGGGGAAGUUGGAGGCUUUUGGAAGAUGGGGUGUGCACUUGGGGAUUGCAAAGGAUCACAAGGGGUGGCUGCUAUGGGACUUGACCACCCAGAAGUUGACAGUGUCAAGGGAUGUGAAGUUUCUUGAGUCCCUGUACUACAAGGAAUGGAAGCAGCAGCAACAGAAGCUUCCAUCUACACCGCUCAUUGUGGAGGCAGAUGAGGUGCAGCAGCCUUCAAGACAGGUGAAGGUUGUAGUGUCAGAGGAGGAGAUGUCUGGGGUGACUGAGGAAGGGGGAGCAGCUGAAGUAGAGCAGCAGCAGCAGCAGCAGCAUGAGUCUCCACCUCGAGUUCCACACCCGCCUGAGCGUUCUAGGAGGGAUGUGCGCCCUCCAGUGAGGCUGACCUAUGGGGGAAGAGGCAAGCCGAAUGUGGUGCAGGCUGGGAGUGUGGUUGAGCAGAUUGAGGAAGAUGAGAUCGCUCACUGCUACUGGGCACCAAUCCCUGAGCCCAAGACUCGAGAGGAGGCUUUGAAUGGACCAAAUGGGGAGAAGUGGAAGGCGAGUGAGGAUGAGGAGUUUGGGUCCCUAAUUGAGAACGAGACAUGGGACCUGUGUGACUUGCCUCCUGGAAAGAAGGCAAUCACUUCCAAGAUGAUCUACAGGCACAAGUAUGGACCUGAAGGGGAGCUGACCCGCUACAAGUCUAGGCUUGUGGCACGGGGGUUUCAGCAGACAAAGGGGAAGGACUAUGAUGAGGUGUUUGCUCCUGUGGGGAAAGGAACAACACUGAGGGUGCUGUUGGCGAUAGCUGCACUCCUGGGAUGGAAGAUUCGGCAGAUGGAUAUUGUGACUGCCUUUCUGAAUGGGAUCAUUAUGGAGGAGGUGUACAUGAAGCAGCCAGAGGGGCUGGAUGACGGGAGCGGCAGGAAGAGUAAGGCCGAAGUGACCUUUGGACCAACCAGCUGCCGUGCUAAGCUUGGGAAGAAGGUGCUGUGGAGUCUGGAAGAGGAGACCAGCUGCAUCAAGGACCUGUGGCAGCUGCCCAUCAUCCCUUGGAAUGGGAAGACUCCAACAGCAGCAACGGCAGCAGCGGCAAAGGCAACAGCAGGAGGAGAUGCAACUGCACCAACUGAUGGGGUGCUGGAAGCAGUCAAGAAAGUGCAGAAGCAGCAGACACAUGGUGAGGUGCUUGCUGGUGUGGAUGCGAGUGCGGCAUGGGCUAAGGCUUCAUCAAGGAGUGGAGAGGCCGAUUGGGAGACAUGGCAUGAGAGGCUGUGUCAUGUGAACUUCCCUAUGCUGCAGAAGUUGGUGAAGAAUGGGAGCCUGAAGGGCUUGGAGGUGAAAGGGGAAGUGAAGGAGAUUGGGAGCUGCCCUACAUGCUUGGAGACCAAGUUCUCCAACGCAGAGCAGAUGCUGGAGAUGCAGUUCAAGUGCUCCAAGAUGGGUGAGGUGAAGUACUACUUGGGGAUGCACGUGGAGAGAGAUGUGGAAAAGGGUGUGCUGAGGUUGCACCAGAGGAAGUACUGUGAGGGCUGGCUGAGAAGGCAUGAAGCUUGCUGGGAUGAGUGUGCAUUGAGUAUGCAUGCUUGAGAUGUUGGUAUGGUCGAUGAUGGUUGGCAGCCAGAGGGGGAGAUUGUUGUGUGAUGUCAUCAUAUGCUAUCACAUUCUGUCUGCCUCCCAUCCCAUGUUUUUUCAACUUGCAUGUGUGGUUUGAAUGUGCAAGCAUUUGUGUGUGUUAUUUGUGAUAAUAGAUCUUGAGAAGAUCUUUCCGACGCAACGAGAAUCCCUUCAAUCGGAGCAAGAACGCGAAAGCUAUGAAGAUUCAAAGUUCAUGAGCUUGCGUUACAAUUGCGGCGGUUACUAAGUGAAGUUGUGGGGUGACUCUAUAUGGAGUUGGGACCUUUGGGGGUUGGGGAAAUUGUCACUCUACUGUAACAGCUGCAAAUUGGUUGGGAACAACCAAGCUAGGUUGGCAAGGGUGGCCAACUUGGAUGGAUUGGUUGGGAAGGGACAAAUGUCAAAGUUGAGGUUCCUAUAGGGAGGGAAUCUUUGUGCUUAUGGGGUUUCCU